AUGGCGGAUUCAGAAACCAAGCCAGCUGUGGUCUGCGUGUUCUGUGGCUCAGGAUCCGGCAAGAACCCAAUCCACAUGGAAGCAGCACGAAUCCUAGCCGAAGAGCUGCACAAGCACAAAGUGAAACUUGUCUACGGCGGCGGCACAACCGGCCUAAUGGGCGAAGUAGCCCGCACCCUGGUCAAGCUCUCCGGCCCUCAAGCUGUGCACGGCAUCAUCCCUCGCGCGCUGGUGAAGGUAGCAACGGACAGCGGCAUGCGCGAGCACCAGAACGGCAACACAGAGUCUGGCGGCAAGACAGCCGAGCGAGUCAUCUCCGAUUCCACUGAAGAGAAUGGAAUCCCCGAGUCCGAGUACGGCAUGACCACUGUCGUUCCUGAUAUGCAUACACGCAAGCGUUUGAUGGCGACUAAGGUGCUGGAAGGUGGGCCUGGGUCUGGAUUUGUUUCGCUGGCUGGUGGAUUUGGGACUAUUGAGGAGGUUAUGGAGAUGACUACCUGGAAUCAGCUGGGAAUUCAUAAAGUUGGUGUUGUGUUGUUGAAUAUUAAUGGGUAUUGGGAUGGGUUGUUGGCUUGGGUGCGUAAUGCUGUGCAGGAGGGGUACAUCUCUUCAGACAACGGGGGCAUUUUGGCUGAGGCUAGGGACCCUGCGGAAGUCUUCCCUAAGUUGUUGGCUUAUCGAGUCAGUCAGGGUCGGAUGCGGUUGAACUGGGGACAGGAAUGA